UUCUCUAUUUUCAUCUUCUCACCUCUUCUUUCAUACCUUCCAUGGCUUCCAUUCUGCAAUUCUUCCUUUCUCUUUGUCUGCUCCAUCUUCUCAUCUCCCUCUCUGCUGCUUCAAAUGAAAAUGAAAUUCCAAAGUCUUAUGUUGUUUAUAUGGGGAAAUCAUCAAACAACCAUGGGGGAGAGGCUGAAGUUGCAGAGUCAAGUCAUUUGCAGCUAUUGUCCGCCAUUAUUCCAAGUUCUGAGAGUGAGAGAAUAUCUCUCAUCCAUUCUUACAAUCAUGCUUUCAAGGGCUUCUCUGCCAUGCUCACACAGGGUGAAGCUUCUAUACUCUCUGGCCAUGAGGAAAUAGUAUCUAUCUUUCCAGAUCCACUUCUUCAACUACAUACUACAAGAUCUUGGGAUUUCUUGAAUGUGGAAUCUGGAAUUACAUCAACUCCCUUAUUUCAUCACAACCUAUAUAGGGAUGUCAUAAUUGGGGUCAUUGACACAGGGAUAUGGCCUGAGUCUCCAAGUUUCAAUGACAAUGGUAUCGGAGAAAUCCCUUCAAGAUGGAAAGGAGUUUGCAUGGAGGGAUCUGACUUCAAAAAAUCCAACUGUAACAGGAAGCUGAUAGGAGCAAGAUACUACAACACCCCAAAGGCCUUAAUCCAACCAAAAUCCAGCAGUAAUAAGAGCCACCCCAUUAACCUCACCGGCUCUCCAAGGGACUCAGUAGGCCAUGGGACACAUACUGCAUCCAUCGCAGCUGGUGCACCCAUCGCCAAUGCUAGUUACUAUGGUCUGGCUCCAGGUACUGCAAGGGGUGGCUCGCCUUCCGCCAGGAUUGCAAGCUACAAGGCUUGUUCGUUAGAAGGUUGUUCUGGUUCCACCAUAAUGAAAGCAUUUGAUGAUGCAAUUAAGGAUGGAGUUGAUAUAAUCUCAGUUUCCAUUGGGAUGACCUCAAUUUUUCAGUCAGACUUCCUUAAUGACCCCAUUGCUAUAGGAGCUUUUCAUGCUCAGCAGAUGGGGGUAAUGGUGGUUUGCUCAGCAGGGAACAGCGGGCCUGAUCCUUACACCAUUGUCAAUUCAGCACCAUGGAUCUUUACUGUUGCAGCUUCUAAUAUUGAUCGGGAUUUCCAAUCUACUGUAGUUCUUGGAAAUGGGAAAACUUUUCCAGGGCCUGCGAUCAACUUCUCCAACCUUACUCGCUCUAAAACAUAUCCUCUUGCCCGUUCAGAGGAUGUUGCUGCUGCUUUUACCCCUUCAUCAGAUGCAAGGAGCUGCUAUCCAGGAUCAUUAGAUCCCAAGAAAGUUAGGGGCAAGAUAAUUGUUUGUUCUGGUGAUGGGUCUAAUCCGAGGCGUAUCCAAAAAUUAGUUGUAGAAGAUGCAAAAGCGAUAGGGAUGAUUUUGAUUGACGAGUAUCAGAAAGGUUCCCCCUUUGAAUCAGGCAUUUAUCCCUUCACAGAAGUUGGAGAUAUUGCAGGGUUUCAUAUUCUCAAGUACAUUAAUUCCACCAAGAAUCCAACUGCAACCAUCCUUCCAACAAAGGAAGUUCCACGGAUUAGGCCUGCACCAGUGGUUGCAUUUUUCUCAUCCAGAGGUCCAGGAGGGCUAACAGAAAAUAUUCUCAAGCCUGAUAUAAUGGCUCCAGGAGUUGCUAUUUUAGCAGCCAUGAUUCCAAAGACAGAAGCGGGGAGUGUUCCAAUUGGGAGGAAGGUAUCAAAAUUUGGCAUACGAUCUGGAACGUCCAUGGCGUGCCCCCAUGUAACAGGGGCAGCUGCAUUCAUCAAAUCGGUGCACCCACAAUGGAGUUCUUCUAUGAUCAGAUCAGCACUCAUGACAACAGCUAUCAUUUCUAAUAACAUGAGGAAAGAUUUGACAAAUAGCACAGGUUUCUCUGCCAAUCCACAUGAGAUGGGAGUUGGAGAAAUAAGCCCACUCAAGGCUCUCAAUCCAGGAUUAGUUUUUGAGACCGCAACAGAAGAUUAUCUCCAUUUCCUUUGUUAUUAUGGCUACCCAGAGAAAACUAUAAGAGCUGUGGCAAACAAAAAAUUUAGUUGUCCAAGCACUUCCUUUGAUGAACUCAUCUCCAACAUCAACUACCCAUCCAUCUCUAUAAGCAAGCUGGACAGGCAUCUAGCUGCUCAAACUGUGACAAGGACUGUAAGGAAUGUGGGAUCCCCAAAUUCAACCUACAUUGCUCAACUGCAUGCUCCAGUGGGACUGGAAAUCACUGUCUCUCCUAAGAAGAUAGUUUUUGUGGAAGGUUUAGAGAGGGCAACCUUUAAAGUCUCAUUCAAAGGAAAGGAAGCUUCAAGGGGUUACAGUUUUGGAUCUAUAACAUGGUUUGAUGGUCUACAUUCUGUUCGCACAGUCUUUGCGGUGAAUGUCGAAUAAAUUCAUUGCCUUUCAAUUACAAGUCAGAAUACUAAACAUAUCCUUUGUUUAAAAUGCACUCUUCAUUCAACAGCAUAACAAGUAAUUUUAUGCAAAAUGAAUAGCAUUUUUCCACUGACAUGGUAGGAAAUGCAAUUCAAUGUAGAUUUUGGAUA